AUUUAACCAAAUGAAACCCACUGUUUUAUUACGUUUUAUUUGUAUCAAACAGUUUUCAAUUAACUAAAGACUAUGGCUACUUCAUUGCCUUUGGUAUCUUCCUUCUUCAUUCUCUUCCUUGCAUACACUGUUUCAGCUAUCAAUAACACCGAAGCCACUUCAACAGUCACAAAAGACAUAGUUCCAUGCACAAUGUGCGACGAGUGCGACAACCCGUGCCAGCCCUUACCAUCGCCACCGCCACCUGUGGUAGAGUGCCCGCCACCGCCACCGCCGCCACCGCUACCAGUUGUGGUUGAAUGCCCUCCACCACCAAAGACAUCAUGUGAAGAUUGUGAAAUACCACAAGGACCUCCACGUCCGGUGUUGUACUUUCCACCAGGAACCCCGAAUCCAUACUAUGUGAAGAAUAACGGUGAAAAGAUGAAGCCUUUUCAGGCGAUGUGGCAUGUCUUUCUCUUCCUUGUUGCUUACUUGUUCAUUUAGUGAAUUAAUUGUUUGGGUGAUUCUUUGUCCUAGCUAUCACUGUUUUUAAUUUAAUUCACACUAGUGGUGGACUUAGACUCACAUUACAAAAAUGAAUGCUAAAAAGCAAGAAGAAAUGUACUCAUCAAGGUAUAGCUGCGGAAGAAGCCACAACAUUUGAGGAAAAUAAAACUUAAGAUCGCUGAUGUAAUGUGUCCUUCUGCUAUGCUUAUUUAGUGUUUGGCUUUUUGUCAUUUAUUAGUGUUCAAGGUGGAAAUAAUUGUAUCUUAUUAUUAAUGAACUGUUAAGUUUCAUGUCUA